CCAAACAUUUAAAAUUUGAAGUGUAUAGCUAAUGAAAAAGAGAGGGUAGUUCCGCUGACUGCGUCCGCCACGCCACCACCCUUCUUCUUCUUCUUCUUCUCCAAUUGUCGUUUCCUUUACGUCACACUUUAUUUUAUUUCCAAAAUGUAAAGUAAACUCUUCCCUUCUCUUUCAAACUGUCACUUCCAUUAAACUACACUCUUUAACACCCGUCCCCGUUUCUCUUUCUCGACAACCAAACAAACCACAGGGAAAAACAAAGAGAAAAAACAGAAUUGGCCAUCGUUUCAUUUGCAUGGCUAUGCUUAAACAACAUCAGCUUCUUUGCUCUUUACUAUGUCUUGUAACGUUGAUAUUAAGCAGUGGUGUGUUGGGCCGUUUUGUAGUGGAGAAGAGUAGCAUAAGUGUGUUGUCUCCGUUGAGUUUAAGAUCAAAACAUGACAGUGCAAUAGGGAACUUUGGUGUGCCUGAUUAUGGCGGUUUCAUGGUUGGUUCUGCUCUGUUUCCUGAUAAAGGUGCGUCUGGUUGUCAAGCUUUUGAUGGUGAUAAGCCCUUCAGGUCUAAGUCUCCGAGGCCCGCCAUUCUUCUUCUUGAUCGUGGAGAAUGUUAUUUUGCUUUAAAAGUAUGGAAUGCCCAGCAAGCCGGAGCUGCCGCGGUGUUAGUGGUUGAUACUAUGGAUGAGCCACUAAUAACUAUGGAUUCUCCUGAGGCAAGCGGCGAUUCAGAUGGGUAUGUCGAGAAAAUCACAAUCCCAUCGGCUUUGAUAGAGAAGUCUUUCGGUGAGAGCUUGAAACAAGCCUUGAAGAAGGGUGACGAUGUUGUGAUCAAGAUGGACUGGAGAGAGUCGAUGCCCCAUCCUGACAAGAGAGUCGAGUACGAGCUUUGGACAAACAGCAACGACGAAUGUGGGACUCGAUGUGAUGAGCAGAUGAGUUUUGUAAAGAAUUUCAAGGGUCAUGCUCAGAUCCUAGAGAAAGGGGGGUUCACAAUGUUCACUCCGCACUAUAUUACUUGGUAUUGUCCGCCGGCUUUUAUUCUCAGCAAUCAGUGCAAGUCUCAGUGCAUAAACCAUGGAAGAUACUGUGCACCUGAUCCGGAACAGGAUUUUGGGGAGGGUUAUCAGGGGAAGGAUGUGGUGAUUGAGAACUUGAGGCAGCUCUGUGUUCAUAGAGUUGGCAACGAGAGUGGCCGAUCUUGGGUUUGGUGGGAUUUUGUGACAGAUUUCCAUAUAAGGUGUUCCAUGAAGAAGAAGAGGUAUAGCAAAGAAUGUGCCGAGGAGGUUCUUAGAUCACUUGAUUUGCCUCUUGAUAAGAUCCAUAAGUGCAUGGGCGAUCCUGAAGCUGAUGUAGCGAAUGAAGUACUGAAAGCUGAGCAACAGCUCCAGAUUGGCCGGGGAUCUCGCGGCGACGUUACCAUCUUGCCAACAUUAGUCAUCAACAACGCUCAAUACCGAGGAAAAUUGGAGAGGAAUGCUGUGCUUAAAGCCGUAUGUGCUGGUUUUAAGGAGACAACUGAUCCUCCAAUCUGCUUAAGUUCAGAUCUUGAGACAAAUGAGUGUCUUGAAAGAAAUGGAGGCUGUUGGCAGGACAAACGAUCCAAUGUCACUGCUUGCAAGGAUACAUUUAGGGGAAGAAUAUGCGAGUGUCCAGUUGUGAAGGGGGUACAAUACAGGGGAGAUGGUUAUGCAUCUUGUGAAGCUUUUGGAGCUGCAAGGUGUUCUGUAAGUAAUGGAGGAUGCUGGUCAGAGACAAGAAAUGGAUUAACUUUCUCAGCAUGCUCAGAAUCCCUGGUAUCAGGCUGUGAAUGCCCGUAUGGAUUUAAAGGGAAUGGCCGUGAUACAUGUGAAGAUUACAAUGAAUGCAAGGACGGGACUGCCUGUCAGUGUGAUGGUUGCUCCUGUAAAAACACUUGGGGUGGAUAUGAGUGCAAGUGCAAAGGGGACCUCCUUUACAUAAAGGACCAAGAUACUUGUAUCGAAAGAAAUGGAUCAAAAUUUGGAUGGUUCGUCACUGUUGUGAUCGUAGCCGUUGUAGUAGGAGCUGGUUUUGCUGGUUACGUAUUCUACAAAUAUAGGCUUCGGUCUUACAUGGAUUCAGAGAUCAUGGCAAUCAUGUCACAGUACAUGCCACUUGACAACCACCAUAACACUGAAGUUUCAACCGAAACUCAACCUCUACGACAAGGUACAUCUGUGUAAGCAACAAACAGGAUCUGAAACAACCAGUUGCACGGUAGAAUGAUCGCGUUAGAUGAUGGAUCGGAAUUAAACUCGUAGUGACUCUAAGAAUCAUGUUGCUCUUACAUGAUGCAGAAAAGGGGCAACUUCUUGAUCAAGCAUACCAUACGAUCUUAGAAUCAUGUUGCCGAGUUAUUGUAACAGACGAAUAUUUUUUCGGGUCCUUGUUUUUCUGCUUCUUGAUCUGUAAAUAAAAUAGUUGAGGUGUAUAUUUAGGUUGAAAUAAGGAACAAUUGGAUGUCCA